UGGAAACGCACCAGAGAGAGAUUUCAUUAGCGCUUUUUUCUGUCUUAUAUAAAGUGCAAACGCAUCAGAGAGAAAUUUUAUCAGCGGUUUUUUCUGUCUUAUGUAAAGUAGAAACGCACCAGAGAGAUAUUUUAUUUGAAGUGUAAGGUGCUUCGAUUUGGCUUCGAUUCUUCGAUUCAACACGGCUCUAACAGCAUGGUUGCCACCAAAUGGCGAAAAUUUGUGUCUGAUACAACCGUUCACGGUCUUCGCUAUGUCUUUGAAAGCCCUUCAAGACUUCGUCGGUUGAUUUGGCUGUUGCUUCUCUUGGGUGCAAUCGCGAUUGAUAUCUAUUUCUUAAUAGAAAGUAUUGAGAAAUACUCCUCAAAGCCAUUUAACACAGAAUUCACAGAGGUUGUCCCUGAGAAUGGAGAAAUUUCGUUUCCUGCGGUGACAAUUUGUAACCUAAACCGAUUCGUCAAAAGGAAAAUUAAUAUGUUUGAAAAUGACGAGAACUUUCACAAAAUGGGGUUAAAUCUCUCUGCUUGUGAAGUGACAAGUAAGGUGAACAAAUCCUUGAGUUGUGGACAAGCGCUAAUGUGUGCCUUUGAGCCAUUUGGCUGGGCAAUUGCAGAGAAUUGCAACAUGACCAUAAGACAGCGAAUAAUCAGUGCCCUUAACAGGACAAAGGAGCCAAUUUUCAACCCCGAAGAGUUUGUAGAAACUUUCGGACAUGACUUUGCCGAAAUGUUUCUAUAUUACUGUCGCUUUUCAGUAUCGCAGGACUGCACGAGUGCCGAUUUUCAUCCAACACUUACCAAAAAUGGUCGCUGCUUUACCUUCAACUCCGGGAAAAAUGGAACCAAAGUGCGCAGUACAAGACGGGCUGGAGUAUCAGGAGGUCUAAGUGUUAUUUUAGAUGUACAGGCUUACGAAAACACUGUAAGCGAAUUCUCGCGAGGGCUGCGAGUUGUUGUACAUGAUCCAGGAGCCAUUGUAAAUUUGGAUAAAGGCUUUAAUGUCUUUCCUGGAUCACACGCUUUGGCACGAAUAGCUGCAAUAAAGCAUGAGCGACUACCGUAUCCGUAUAAGUCUGACUGCACGAGGAGAGUCCUUCCUAACAUAACCCGUUACAGUAGAGAUGGCUGCUUCAUACAAUGUAAAGCAAAUGUCACCUUAAAAAGGUGCGGCUGUAGAGAAAUCGGUGCUCCAGUGCCAUCAAACUCGCCGGUUUGUUCUUUUCAACACCACUUCUGCGAGAAACAGAAAGCAGAGUCGUACAAUCCUUUCAACUGUUCAUGCGAUAUUCCUUGCGAGGAGACAGAGUACAUGACUCAGGUGUCUUACUCUCAAUUCCCUGAUGAUGGAGCAUCUAAAAUCCUAAAAUACAAGCACGCUUACAACAAAAGCGUAGAAUACCAGAGGGGAAAUUUAGUGUUCCUCCAGGUUGGAUAUCAGCGUCAUGGAUACACUCUGAUGAGAGAAAGUCCAAGCUACAAGAUUGGGAGCUUGAUGGGUGAUAUCGGUGGAAAUAUGGGUCUUUUCCUGGGCUGCAGUCUAUUAACAAUAUUUGAAUUUUUUGACCUGGCUUGGAACAUCUUGGAAUAUCGAGCGAACAAGAAUAGAAAUAUUGCUCAGGAGCAGAUGGGAAACGAAGGAGUAUGAAACAUUCUAAUUGAUUGGUAUAAGGAGCUUGUUUUUGUUUACGCCUAAAAACAAAAAAGAGCAUAGGGACAGGGUCAAUAUCAGUAGCUGGAUACAGGAUGUAUGUACAUAUCAAGAAGCACGCGGGAUUCAUAUAAUAACUUCUACUAUGACGUGAAAGACAUUCAAGUCUAAUUGUGCUGUAUGCGGAAUGUCUGUCAAAUGAUCUUACAGUCGAACCUCUCUUAAGCGAUACUGUACUAGGCGACACCCUGUAUUAAGCGGUGGUGGUCACCUU